CGCUGCCAGUAUGACCGCGACGAGUGUCAGGUGAACAAUGGCGGAUGCGAACACUCCUGCAAGAACACCGUGGGCUCCUUCAUGUGUUGCUGCAGCCCGGGGUACAGACUGAGGCGUGACGGCCGCACGUGUCAAGAUGUGAAUGAGUGUGAGUUUCACAACGGCGGAUGCUCUCACGAAUGUGCCAACACUGUGGGCUCCUACCGCUGUCUCUGUGGUCCCGGGAGCCGCCUGAUGCCCGACGGACGCACCUGUGUUGGUGAGGCUUCGUGUGGCGUGAGGAAUGGCGGCUGUGACCACUACUGCGACGACACCGCGGGCAGGCCAAAGUGCUCCUGCCGGCCCGGGUACAUACUUGGCCAAGACGGACGGCGAUGCGAGGCGGCGGAUCCCUGCGUGGUGGAUAACGGUGGCUGUCAACACAUCUGCCUAUAAGAGCAGGGCCGUGCACGCUGCACAUGUCAAAGAGGGUUUACUUUGGCUAACGAC